CACUGAUCGCCAAACGCAUGGAGCGGACACGCAGCAGCAACUCGUGAAACAGGCGUGUCUGUGUGGGUGCAUUGUGAGUGUGUGUUGUGUGUGUGUGUGUUGUCUGUGUGCGUCCACAGGGCGUGUUUUCUCCUCUCUCCGGUUCUGUGCGGCUAAUCAAGCUACAGAGGACCGCUCCGUGCUCUGGUGGUCGGGGUGCAGCCUGCAGGCCUCAGGAUGCAGCAGGAGGAGGAGGAGGAGGCCCGCAGCUUCCUGCGAAGGUUCCUGGAGGAGUUCCCUGCAGCUCUGGAGGACGGUGGUCCACUGCCGGUCAGCCCGCUGAGCCGCAGGGUCUCCCUGGAGGAGCUGCAGGGGGAGAGCCUGGAGCUGGGCCUCAGACUGCUGGCUGCCAGAGCUCCUGCUGCUGUCAGUGCCCUCUUGUGCCAGGCAGCGUUCAGUCAGCUGCUGCAGGACGACCUUUCACCUUUCCACUGUCAGCAGGAGGUCACUGAGGGGGAGGAGCCUGUGGUCUUGCUGGAGUCGGACUCGGUCCAGCGUCUCUUCCUCAACAAGCUGACUGAGGUGGUGAAGACGUGGCAUCAGCGCCUCCCCCGCUGCCCCGCACUCCCCUGUCCACCGCCCUCCGUGCACGCCAUCAAGAAACAGGAGGAGAUGGAGGACAGACACGUGAUGCUGGCUGAGUUCAACCAGCUGUUCGGGAAGCAGACGUCUGGCCGUGUGUGCUGCAGGACGCGUGCGCGGGCCUUCUACGCCGUGUUUGACGGCCGGGGCGUGGACGCCGCCUCGUUCGGAGCCGCUCACCUCCACGUGGCGCUGAGUUCGGCAGGAGACGCUGCAGAGCGACCCGGGCCGGCCUUCAGAGCCGCCUUCAAACACACCGACGAGAUGUUCCGAGAAAAGCCAAGAGAGAGGUAGAGCUCACCACCGUGGGCGGCUCUGUUUCAGGGACAGGACCUGCCGGUGUCCUGGCUCGCGGACUCUCAGGCUCUGCUGGUCCGGCGUGGCCUGGAGGCCCUGAUGGACCCCCACAAGCCAGAGCGAGAGGACGAGAAGCAGCGGAUCGAGGACAUGGGGGGGGCUGCGGACCUUCUGGGCUGCUGGAGGGUCAACGGGACGUACGCCGUGUCCAGAGCCAUCGGCGACUUCGAUCAGAAGCCCUACGUGUCGUCGGAGGCCGACUGCUCCACGCUGCGGCUGCAGGGCGACGAGGACUACCUGCUGCUGGCCUGCGACGGCUUCUUCGACGCCGUCAAGCCCUCCGAGGUCCCGGACCUGGUCCUGAGAGCGCUGCGGCGGACCCCGGACCCCGACGAGGACGGGGACGCCCCCGCCACGGGGGCUGACGUGGCUCAACGGCUGGUCGCUCACGCCAAAGCGGCCGGCUCCAGCGACAACAUCACCGUCAUGGUGGUGUUCCUGAAAGCACCGGAGCAGCUGCUGGAAGCCCACUGCGUCACCGCGCCGCAGGACUCCCAGCAUGCACUGCAGCAGUGAGGGAGGAAGACCAGGAGGAUCAGACAUCAGUGUGCCAAGCUACUGCCUGACUCAGCAUUUCUCCACCUGUCCCCAGGUGCUCCUUUAAAGUGUGUGUGUGUGUGUGUGUGUGUGUGUGUGUGUAUAAUGUCAGUAUUUCCUUCUCAUUACAGUUUUUUUGUUUGAAAAACCUAACCAGUUCUAAUUUAAAUAUUUUAAUGAAUUUGUUUUUUAAAAUGUGACCACAUGGAGAAAAGUGUCAGUAUUUCCUAAAGCUAUGAAACUCCUUUUUUUUUUCUUAGAAAUGGAACUUUGAAACAGUUCUAAUAGAAUAGGUGGGAAAGCUAUUUAAAAUUAGAAGCUGACUUGUGAAAUGUAAUCAUGACAGACUGUUUUAUUUAAAUCAGUGGAGAAACUUCACCAACUUUUCCUUCAAAUUUUAAGUGUCCUUUAAAAAAAAAAAACAAAGAAGAUAUUUUAGCAUCUUCCUCUUUAUUGAACCCCAAGUCAAGCUCCAAGAGGGGGCGGGGCUUAAUCUUUCAGCCAAACACAUGGUGUGGACUUGAUAUCCAUGCCUGUCAAUCAUAUCUUGGGACACGCCCCCCUCUUGGCAAAUCUGGACAUAAUCCACACUUCAGAUCCAUCAAAAGGGCAGGGGUGGACGCAAAACUACAAGUCUGAUAUUAAAGGAGGAAUUUAGAGACGGGAGGAUAAAAGAAAUAGUGAAAAUCUCUGCUUCAGCAAAUAGAUCGUUUGUUUCUGUCCCAACUUCUUUUGUAAUUGGCCAAGCGUCACACUGACCGUGUUCAGAUUGGAUCGGUGAGACGAGCCAGUGAACGCGAAGUAACUCAAACCACCUGGUUAAAAAAGUAACUGAUACUGAUGUUACUCACAGCAUGUCUACAUCGAUCCAGGAUGGAAGACAUAACAGUUUCUCAGUUGAUUUUACUCUCCAGGGGAUUAUAAACGUUAAGGUUGGUAUUAACCCUUUAACUACUGCUCGUUUAAUGUAUUUAAAUAAAAAAAAAAAUAGUAUUAACAGACUUUUUAUGAGCAUUAAACCAGAAAUAAAGAAGACAAUUAACAUUUAAGCAUAAUGGAUCAAUUUCUACUGGAGAUGUGUGGAAGUUACCUAUAAUGGUCCAAGAGUGGGAAAAAUUGUGGCCCAAGGCCUCAAAUUACGAAUGAGAAGUGAUUGAAGUUGAGACACAUGAGGAGAGGUAGAUUACAUUUUUUGUGGUGUGAAUCUUGCGCCGCAGAUCCAUCGCUGGACGGUUCAUUCCAGUUCAAGGAUCAACAAACAGUGUUUUCCUCCGCAGCUGCACUGCGCCUGCUUUAUUUAAACCCCUCAUUCCUGUUUAACAGAUUUGUUUUUACCAUGUGGAGAAGGUCUUAAAGCUCAGACUCCGAGAUGGAGUCAUGUGGCUCCCAUGAUGCUUUGCAGUUUGUCUUAAAAAAAAAAAAUAAAGGUGUUGACAUUUCAA